AUGGACUCUAAAUGGGAUGUAGAAAAAGGCUCGGCACAGGCUAGCCCUAAUACUCCCACCUCCUCUGCAACCCAAAGCGUCGAAAACCUUGCCUAUCGUUCCGACUCGCUCUCAACUACUGCCGCAUCAUCCUAUGCAUCAUCCCGAGAUGAAUUCGAAUAUUUAUCUCAAGUCCCGACUUCACAUUCCCAUCGUGCCCCCGGCCUGGAACUACAUCCAACCGCAUUGGAACGCAUUGCAACCCAACGAAGCCAACACAAUGCCACCGUCGGUGCCAGAAACAAGAAGAGACUCGAAGAAGCAGGUCCUCUUCCAGACUUUGGAGCUGGCAAGCCCUAUCCACCCCCAUUACCAGACAAGGAGGAAUACGUGGUCGAAUUCGUAGACCGAGACGACCCUCUACACCCUCAAAACUGGCCGACAAAAAAGAAGAUAUUAACGGCAGUCAUUCUAUCAUGGACAACGCUCAACUCAACCUUCACUAGCAGUAUCUACUCUGCCGCCAUCAGCACCGUCGCUCACGAAUUCGGUGUAUCAAGUGAAGUCAGCACCCUGGGUUUAUCCCUAUACGUCCUCGGCUUCGCAAUGGGCCCUAUCGUAUGGGCCCCAUUUUCCGAACUAAAAGGUCGACGUCUCCCCCUCCUCCUAUCAAUGUUCGGCUUUACAAUCUUCCAAUUCGCCGUCGCAACGGCAGAGAAUCUACAAACCAUCAUGCUAUGCCGAUUCUUCGGCGGAUUCUUCGGUGCAUGCCCCCUCGCCGUCGUGGCCGCCGUGUUGGCCGAUAUAUACGACAAUCGUGUCCGCGGCCUUGCAAUCGUCGUCUUCGCCAUGACGGUCUUCACAGGACCACUGAUUGCUUCGACCGUGGGCGGAUUCAUCGUGCAAAGCCUUGGCUGGCGCUGGACUGAAUACCUCACCGGUAUCAUGGGCGCCUCAGCCCUGGUCAUCGACCUCUUCCUCUUGCACGAGACAUACCCACCCAUCAUCCUCGUCCACAAAGCCGCCGAACUGCGCCGCCGCACAUCAAACUGGGGCAUUCACGCGAAACAGGAAGAAAUCGAGGUGGACUACCGCGAACUCAUUCAGAAGAACCUCCUACGACCUAUCAAGCUCCUUUUCCUGGAACCCAUUGUUCUCUUCCUGAGCAUUUACAUGGCCUUCCUGUACGGUCUUUUAUACCUGUUCCUCACAGCCUACCCCAUCGUCUUCCAGAACAUCCACGGCUUCAGGCCGGGCGUCGCUGGACUUCCGUACUGGGGGUUAGUGGUUGGUGAGAUUUGCGGAGGCAUAUAUAUCAUUCUCACGCAGCCAUCUUAUAACCGCAAGCUUGACGCGAAUAAUGGCGUUCCGGUGCCGGAGUGGCGUAUGCCUCCCGCUAUCAUUGGCAGCGUUGCCUUUGCUGGGGGUCUAUUCUGGUUUGGAUGGUCGGGAUGGAAGGUCGAGAUUCACUGGGCUGUGCCGAUGGCGUCUGGAUUGAUGAUCGGGUUUGGCUUGUUUUGUAUCUUCCUUGGGGCAUUCAAUUAUAUCAUUGAUGCCUAUACCUCAUUCGCUGCGUCUGCGCUUGCAGCGAAUAGUAUUCUCCGUUCGUCUGCUGGUGCUGGAUUUCCUCUGUUCGCCCCCGCUAUGUUCAAGUCAUUGGGUGUAAACUGGGCGAGCACACUGCUCGGCUGUGUGGCUAUAUUGAUGGUCCCUCUCCCGAUCAUCAUCUACGUCUACGGUCCCAGAAUUCGGGCAAAGAGCAAGUUUGCAACCGUCCACAUGGCCUUGGAUAUCGAUGAUGAGCGAGAGGAGUGA